GACGUGGUUUCAAAUUGGGGAAAAGAAAGGCCAAGAGAGUCGAGAAACGGCACUCUCACCGGCGCGCGCACCCUCUACUCUGAUCCAGCGACUCCUAAUUAAGUUGGGAACAUAAAAGACUUCAAAUUUCCAAGAUGGCUGCAAUCUUUGCUUCCAGAUGCUCUCGUGUGAGUUCUAUGGUAAUGGAGCCCUGAAUCUUAUUUUUGCGGGGAGGGGGGUGGAGCUGGAUUGUUGAAUAUGAUGCAGCCACUAAUUUGGUCGCACUGGUACAAUUGGCAGUAAAACAGUUUUUGACUACUGAGUUCAAACUGAAUUGAGUGGGCCGUUCUCUGUUCGGUGGAUUAAGCAACAGUUCCCCUGGUUUAUUUACCACAUUACAUGAGAUGACAUGCAAAAAUUUGUUUUCUCAGCAACAACGUACCUUCAUACAGAUGAGGACUGUUCUCAAGGUUGUGGAUAACUCGGGGGCUAAAAAGGUGAUGUGCAUACAGGCAUUGAAAGGGAAGAAAGGGGCAAGAUUAGGUGACACAAUAAUAGCAUCUGUGAAGGAAGCACAUCCUAAUGGAAAAGUGAAGAAAGGAAAGGUUGUAUAUGGGGUAGUGGUGCGUGCGGCAAUGCAAAAGGGGCGUUGUGAUGGCAGUGAGGUCAAGUUUGAUGAUAAUGCUGUGGUGCUUGUUGACAAGCAAGGCCAACCUAUUGGAACCAGAGUUUUUGGACCAGUGCCUCAUGAGCUAAGGCAAAAGAAGCAUGUCAAGAUUCUUACCUUGGCAGGGCACAUUGCAUAAAUGAGAAAAAGGGCUGUCCUUGAGUUUUGUUAUGAAUUCCAAUGUCACAUCUACCAUUUUUAUAUUUGGAUAUUUUGAUGUGAUGUGCAAGUUUGAGUUCUUUAUCAAUUUAUGAGGAGUAAAACAGGUGUAGAAGGCUUCUACUUAAAUAACUAGUAUAUGAUUUGGUUUCUUGCCUAAAAAUGAACUAGAGACACGAAAGUCAUGUUUGUUUCAUAUUAACAUAUCAACUAUUUAUGAUUA